GUUGAAUCUGCUGAGGUCUCAAAGUUCACUAAUUUCUCAUUUGGACAGAAUUUGUAUCAUUAGCUCUUUGGUCACCUUUUUUGAGCUGUUUUUAUUUAAAAGGGGAAAAAAGACUGCACCAUGAGGAAGAGCAGAAGCAGCCACUUGAAUCCCAACACCACUUGUCAUCACCGUAGCUUAUGCUAUGACCGUCUGAUUGAAAAAUGUGUGAGCUGCAAAGUGAUGCAGAGAGGAGGCACCAAGGAGGAGACAACAACCAUCAGAGUGGCUUCCUUUACAACCCAGAUACCAGCAUCUCUUACUGCAGAACAGACUUGCUCAGCCUUAACCUUUGGUCUCUAUGUUUUUGUGGGACUAACUUUCACCAUAGCAGUUCUGUGCCUUGUAACAUACCUGAAACAAAAGAGAAGGAAGAAGAUGAGUAAAGCUGGUAAGGAGAAUUCCAAAGAAAAUGAUCACACCAUUGAGAAUGAAAUUCAUAAAGAUCUUGGCUGCAGCCCAGGAGAUGAUAGUCCUGAACUACCUGAUUGCCCACAUUCAAUUGUUACUUCAAAUACAUCUACAGAAGACAUCUUAGAGAAGAACGCGCACCAUUUUGCUUUAACAGGGUGUGAUGCCAUGGAAGCAGUUUUCCUACCUUCAUUUGAUAAUGACUGCAAUCCUACCUUUCCAGUGCCAGCAACUGAACUUGGGGCAACCAUGUUGGUGACCACCAAGACUACUCAAGAAAACUUCCUCAGUGAGAAGUUGUCAUAGCAGCAGAUUUAAAAGGGUUGAAACUAGCUGGCUGUCCUUCAAAUAUUAUAUAAACAUGCUUGACAAUGAAAGGAUGGUGACUGGACAUAGGCACCAGAGGAUUGUUUCACUGUAACAGUGGAAGUAAGUUUUCUGUUUCUUGCAUUGUAAUUAAAUUAAAGGAGACUCUCACAUAUCUAAGGGUCCCAGUUAUGCCUCUUACAAAUGGGGGAAACUGAUACUACAGGGUACCUUUUGCUGUCCUUCUUUUGUGAGCUUUGAGGAUGGCGAAAUGAGAAAAGAAAUGUGCCUAAGGAAAUAAAGGUA